UGACUACCCGUAAAAUACCUACCUAAGAAUGCAACAGUAAUUUUUAUUUACAUGAGAUUGCGAUAUUCCAAAAAUGUCGUUGCUGGUUGGAGGUUCAACAAUAUGUGCAAAAGUGCUGGAGCGUGUGAAGUCAUGGAUCAACCCGAAGAGCUUCAACGUCGCAAGGUUCAGAGGCAUUGUGAUGGGUGUGAUGAUUGGGACCACCCUGGGUGAAAUAUGCGCUUAUAAGCUUUUGCAGCAGGAUACCAGGGCUGGGGACCUUCCUGCUUAUACCAUUGAUGUAACCAUAUUAGUCGUAGCUUUGUUUGAAGUUUUGGUGGCACCAUUCGUAUCCUGGUGGGGCUUCAAGAACCGGCGCUCGCUUCUGAUUGGCUACACCACUGUCACACUUGUGAUCUUUCUUUCGUGGUACUUUUUGCCUGGCCAUGGCAACAGAGAAGAAUCAGAGUUUUGCAACGGAACGAACGACACCGCGUUCCAUGGUGUUCCAGCGACAACCGUCGCGAGGCUGAUCAUCAUCAUCCUUAGCUGUAUCACCUUCGUGCUGACUCGCGUCGCGUGGUGGAGCCACGGCAUCGCUUACUGCGACGAAUUCGCGCCUGAGAGAACUAGCGUGCAUUAUGCACUAGUCCUGCUGGCCAGAGUUAUACCGAUGAUUCUGGGCCACAGGCUCCUGACCAACGACGUGGACAACAAUAUGACGAUACAAACUGUGUUCAUGAUGGUCGGCUUCACGCCCAACCUGGUGCAGCUGUUUCUGCUCCUGCCCAAAACUGCGCCCAAGGUGAAGGGAGUGCAGAAGACUGCGUUACCUGAUGAGCAUAGGGAUUUCUUUACAAGCAUCAGUCGCGUGUGCUCCAACCCCCUGGCGACGUCGCAAAUGUUCGCCAUGGGGCUGAUGUCGGCGGCGCUGUUUAGCUACAUGCACAACGAGGUCCUUGUUGUUAAGGUGAAAUUCAACUUGGUUCCCGAAAGGAAUGGGACAGUCAACGUUGCAGAGUUAUUCCAGUACAUCUUUCUAAUGUUUGUUGUGGGGUUUGCCGGCAAUCUGUAUGCUAAGCCGAUUUCGACGGAGUUCCGCAGCGCAGCCGUCAUGAAACAGAUCAUCCGGUCGACAAUCUUCGUGAUCAUCUUUUACGUUCUCUUGACCCUUGCAGUUCGCUGCGAUCAUGGUUAUGUUUCCGGAUUAAGCAACGAUAGCUAUGGCAAUCCUGAAUGCAGCCUCUCUUGUGGGUGUGAGCCCCGCAUGCGCGAGUUUGAGCCGGUGUGCGUGGUGGACGACAUGGUCACCUACGUGUCGCCGUGCCAGGCGGGCUGCGGGGGACAGGAGUUCGUCCACGGCAUUAGGUCAUACACAAACUGCACGUGCUCGGAGAGUGGCCGCGCCGUGGUGGGAGCGUGCAGCGACGUGUCCUGCACGCAGGCCUACCGACUUCACAGCAUGAUGCUGCUCGUCAUUGUCGUUUUUACACUGCUAACCUUGCAUGCCCAAGGAGUUCUUCUGCUGCGGACGGUGGACCCACGGGACCGGUCUGUGGUGAUGGGGAUGACAUGGUCCAUGGUCACUCUCAUGACUUUCGUGUGCGGGUACAUGCUAUUUAUAGGCAUUAACGUGGCUACCUGCCGAUGGUUUGACUUCGAAGGAAAACAGUGUCACUUGCAGACCAGCAAAUACCCUUACCACGUCGGCGGCACCUGCACCUUCCUGGCUCUCAUAUCGCUCUUGAUCAGUAUCAUGUCUACUUUCUCCAUACAAAAAGCGAAUAAAAGUAUAGAGAAUACCAGAUUAUAGUGUGUUUAAAAAUAAUAUUGAAUAGUUAAUUUAAAAAAAAUGUCAUUUGUUGGUAAUAUCGUGAAUGAAAGUGAUUGAUGUAAAUAUCAUAAUUUUAGUGUAAAAUAAUGUAAAAUAACUAGAU